AUGGACAACAUUCAUGCACCAACGGUCCCUUCGGGGCCCUCAUCACGACCGAUCACUAACGGCAAUGCGAAACAGCUCUCGUUUGCAGAGCUGUCUGAAAAGAAGGAGAAUCUGGAGGCCGAGCUCAAGGCUCUGAGCGGUGUAUUAGACUCUCAUGGAGUGAACAUGGACACACCUUUGACCCGCGAUGGUUUCCCCAGAGCCGACAUAGACGUCGCCCAAAUACGCACGACGCGGUCUCGAAUCAUCCAUUUACGGAACGACUACAAGGACAUCAUGAAUGCAAUCGAGAAGCAUCUACACGAACACUUUGCUAGUUUGGAGGAUGUAGACGACGCACCUCCUGUUGGGACGGGCGCCGGACUGCUAGGCGACAGCAUUGUGCAGUCGUUGGAAGAACCGUUUGCAAGAGUUAAUAGUGUGGUACCCGACAGCCCCGCUUACACGGCUGGGCUCAAGGCUGGCGACGAGAUCCGGAACUUUGGAUACGUCAACAAGGGCAAUCACGAUGGCCUGAAGAAGGUGGCUGAAUGCGUUCAGGGCAAUGAGAACCAAAACAUCUUGGUCAAGAUAUCGCGGCCAGCCGAGGCAACCAGAAGACAAGAACUUCAGCUCAUGCUGACGCCUCGUAAAGAUUGGGGUGGUCGUGGAAUGCUUGGAUGCCAUAUUCUGCCACUAUGA